AUGACUUCAUCUGAAAAUUUAAAUGAAUUUAUAAGUUUUGAAAUUGGUUUGAAUGGUUCAAUUAAUUUAUCUGAAUUCCAAUCAAUUUUAAUUGUUGAUUCAUUUGUACUUUCAAUUUCUGAUGGCGGUGUUGGUAAUAAUGAUUCAUAUGGUGAAUUGAAUUGA